UUGGUCAACUCUCCACCUAUCAGGGGAAUGAGCCACGGCCACGUGCAUUGCCAAACCUCUCAUUCGCAUAUAGGCUAUCGGCAGGCUAAAUCAACUCCAGUCACAUCUGUGUUUUUGUCUGCUCUUGCCAGGAUGUCUAAGCGAGUUAAACUUUGUGCUGUUGUUGGCUGCAAGACUCGAGAAGGGGGACUGCAUGCAAUGCCAUCAGUGGACAAAGAAAAUAAUCUGUGGCUAGACUUCAUUUUCAAGGGACAUGUGCCAGAAGACCACGGCAGAUUUCUGUUUGUGUGUUCCAAACAUUUUACCACGGACAUGUUUAUGAACUUCUCUCAAGUCCAACACGGAUAUGCCUCCAAGCUAAUGCUAAACCCGGGAUCAAUACCAACCAUCCGGGAGCAGGCCAGUGAGGACACAUCCAAUUUUGAAGCUGCCAGCACCUCACAUGCUACCAGCAGAUUACCUGUGAUGACAGAUUCUGCAUGUCAGACUGACCCACCCAAGUACCGUACUGUUCGUACACAGCUAUCCUCGAGGACUCUUGGUUCACAUCGAAGUACAGCUGUCCAGGCUAAAAUUCCCUGCAGAAGCGUUGGUGUCGAAACACUUCCGUUGGAAGUGCCAGUGCCCUUUUUAACAUCCACCCCCUUAAAGAGACCACCAAAGAGGCCCCGUGUGGAUCUUGAAGAGGAAUACGAAGAUCCAUUUGAGGGAAGCUCUUCUUUGGUGUUUUCCGAAGGCCAGGAUGCAACUUAUGAUCCAGCAGAAUCCAUAACAAAUGCUACAGAAACAACAGCCAUGUCUGGUCAAGAACAAAACCCCCCCCAGACGAUCAACACAUACAUCGUGUAUGAGACCUGCCUCAUGGAGCUUUUUGAAUCAUGUCCUGUGUGCAAGCGUGUGUGUGAUGUACAAACCAGAAGGAUCGGUACAUUCAUAUCAGUGCAGCAGCUGUGCCCCCAUUGUCAGUUUACAAGAAACUGGAAUAGCCAGCCUGUUCUUGGGAGUACUCCAGUUGGAAACCUGCAGCUAUCAGUUGCAACAUAUGUCAACGGAGCAUCUUUCUACAAACUUUCAAAGGUCUUCAAAGCAAUGAAUAUGCAGCUAUGCAAAUACAACCCCUUCCGAAGGCAUGCCAGGAUGUUCAUUGAGCCAGCGAUUGUUUCUUACUGGCAAAAAUCACAGGAAGGCAUGCUACAGAAGCUCCAUGCAGAGGAGAAAGUGAUAGUUGGUGGUGAUAUGAGGGCUGACUCCCCAGGCCACUCUGCAAAGUUCGGAAGCUACACUAUGAUGGACCUGAAGAACAACAAAGUCGUUGACCUCCAGUUGGUUCAGGUAAGUGGGGUUGGUGGAAGCUACCACAUGGAGUUAGAGGGCCUGAAAAGGAGUCUGGAGUUGUUAAAGGAAGGUGGUGUGACUCUGGACUGUAUUGUCACGGACAGACAUCUGCAAAUUCAGAAAUUCCUAAGGGAAAGCAGCAUCACCCAAUUCUUUGAUGUGUGGCACAUAGAAAAAGGGAUUUCUAAGCAACUGGAGAAGGCUGCAAAAAAGAAGGACUGCGAAAAACUUCGAGGGUGGGUGAAGAGUAUAAGAAACCACAUAUACUGGACUGCAGCAACCUCCACCACCGGGCCUGAGAGAGUGGCCAAAUGGACUUCCAUCCUGAACCACGUGCAGGAUAUCCACUCUCAUGAUGACCCCCUGUUCCCCAAGUGCCUUCAUCCACUGCGCAUUGCGCAAUACCAAUGGAUGGCUGCAGGAACGCCGGCCUUUCACAAGCUGGAGACAAUUCUCUCAACCAAGAGGAUUUUGAAAGCUGUGGCCAAACUCAGCCCACACCACCAGACUUCAUCUUUGGAGUCAUUCCAUGCCGUCAUCCUGCGCUUUGCUCCAAAGAAUGUUGUGUUUCCAUUUCUUGGAAUGUUGUGCAGACUGUACCUGGCAGCCCUGCACUACAAUGAAAACGCUGAGCGUGCACAAGCCACUACAUCCACUGGAAAGCCUCUGUAUAAACUGCAGUUCCCAAAGGCCAGGAAGGGAGAAUGCAGAGCAAAACCAGUAAAGACUGACCCCACAUUCUGCUACGUGGCCAACUUGAUGGACCUCAUCUUCGACCAAGUCUUUGUGGACCCUGCACCAUUCACACAGGAGCUUCUGAAGAUACCCAUCCCAGAGGACCUGUGUUCCCAAUAUGAGCGACCUGACAGGGAGGAGGUCAUCUCCGGGUAUGCUACUCGGUUCAAUUUGGCUGCUGUCUGAACCCAACAUAGAUAUUUCGCGGAUCAGGAAACUCUCUGCGAAUCCUGAGGACAACGCAGGCCGGAAUCACCACUCUGAUCCUGCGUCCAAGGAAGCCCCAGCACCAGCU